AUGAGCAAUCAGUCAGGUAUCGCUAGUCAAGCUUCGGCUGCGACUAAACUACUCCAAGACGCUCUUCCAGGACGAGUCAUCACUCCAGAGAAUGCGACAGAGCACAAAGUUGAGCAAUCUCGCUCUUGGUGCUCGACAUGUUGGACUCCGGCGGCGGCCUACGUCCGGCCCACUACUACAGAGGAAGUCGCCAAAGCACUGACGAUCAUCAAUCAGAGCGGGUGCAAAUUUGCUAUUCGAGCAACUGGACACAAUCCCAACCCAGGAUAUAGCAAUGUCGACCAAAGUGGCAUCGUCAUUGACCUCAGCGGCUUGACGUCCUUGACAUUGGCUGAGGACGGUACACUCCAGGCUAGAGCCGGCAACACCUGGGGUAAGGUGUAUGCUUGGUUGGAGGAAAGACAACGCUCAGCCAUGGGUGGUCGAGAGUCAGCUGUUGGGAUCAGUGGAUUCUUCCUUGGAGGCGGCUUAGGCCCGUUUCCGAAUUUGCAUGGCGUCGGUGUAGAUGGAGCGACGAACUUCGAAGUUGUUCUGGCGGAUGGCACAAUGUAA